CGUUUCAAUAAGGAGGUUCAACCAACACCGAGUUAAAAUGUGAACUCUGAGUUGAUUUACUCAGAGAAUCGCAACUCUGAGUUUUCGGUUUCAGAACAGGUGAUUUCAAUUAGUUCAAUCCACUCUGAGUAAGUUCACUCUAGGUUACGCGCGUGCACCAUUGCUUUAAAAAGCCAUCAUCAAUUGAGCGAAGAUAGCACGAUUCACCAUGGCAACGGCACAUGACAAAAAGCGCUCCGUUUAUUUCUCGCCAGUCGAAUUGGAGGUACUGUUACAAGCGUACAGCGAAUAUGAGCACAUUUUUCGAAAGAAGAGCAACACAGCCGCAGCAGCAAAAGAAAGAGAGUCUGCGUGGGGGAAAAUUGCUUCACGUGUUAAUGCGUGCAAUCCUUCUGCAAUAAAAAGAACAUGGCAGCAGCUGAAAAUGAAAUAUAAAAACAUCAUUCAGUCAGCCAAUAGAAAGAGGGCAGAGGCACGUAAAACCGGAGGAGGACCUGCACCACCACCUCUGACGGAUGCAGAGGAGAUGGCCUUGAGCCUUAACACUGGGCGACCAGUGGCUGAGGGAAUUCCAGGAGGGAGUUCAUCAGAACCUGUCACUCCCCAGGAUACAAGUGCUUAUAUAAUAUCAGAUUCUGAUGGUAAUGUUAACCUUGUGGAACCUCUUGUCACAACAGAACCCCAGUCAGUUGAUGAAGGGGAUGAAGAAACCUUGUCUGCUGACACAGAGAGGCCUACAGAGAGCAUGGCAGAACAGGAGGAGGGUCCAUCAAAUUCUGACACACAGAUAAACUCAGUUCAGUAAUGUUCAGUAAAUGCCAUUGUUUGAAUCUGCAGACUUUUUUAGAACUCCA